AUGCAGGUUGCAAUCACACCGUUUCCGUUCCCGUACCACAACAUCAUCGCUGUCUUCCUGUGGAUGUACACCAUCCUGUGCCCGAUCCUGAUCAAUGGCAUCAUCAUGGACAUCACUCUCCGAGGGGUUUUUGUCUUCGUGUCCGUGUUCUGCUACCAUGCGCUAAAUCACAUCGGCGACAACUUGGAGGACCCCUACCUCCCCUACGACCCCAACGAGCUUCCACUGCCUGACCUCCAACACAGCGUGAACAUGCGGCUGUGGGCGUUCGGCGUCACCCCGAAGCUCUCUGAUGCUGCACCGCCGGAUGUCGUGGUCAAGGAAGUCAACUUUACCCAGGACACGCUCAAAACCUGA